GAUUGGUCGUGGCGCCGCUCGGUCCCGCCCGCGGCAGCAGGGUUUGGUUGAGCGCUGUUUGUGCGCUUGGGGCCGCGCCGGGAGCGACCGGAGGAGAGCCGAGGGAUCGGUGCCUUCCAAGCUCUCCAGUGGGUCCGGCAGCACCGGGGCCAUGACGAGCCGUGGGGCCGCCAGGCCCAACGGGCAGUCCCAGGCCAGUAAGAUCUGCCAGUUCAAACUGGUGCUGCUGGGAGAGUCGGCCGUGGGCAAGUCCAGCCUCGUGCUGCGCUUCGUGAAGGGGCAGUUCCACGAGUACCAGGAGAGCACCAUCGGGGCGGCGUUCCUGACCCAGUCCGUGUGCCUGGACGACACGACGGUGAAGUUCGAGAUCUGGGACACGGCGGGGCAGGAGCGGUACCACAGCCUGGCCCCCAUGUACUACCGGGGCGCCCAGGCCGCCAUCGUGGUCUACGACAUCACCAACCAGGAAACAUUCGCGCGGGCCAAGACAUGGGUGAAGGAGCUGCAGAGACAAGCCAGCCCCAGCAUCGUCAUCGCCCUGGCCGGCAACAAGGCUGACCUGGCCAGCAAACGCAUGGUGGAGUACGAGGAGGCGCAGGCGUACGCGGACGACAACAGCCUGUUGUUCAUGGAGACGUCGGCCAAGACAGCCAUGAAUGUGAACGACCUCUUCUUGGCCAUCGCCAAGAAGCUGCCAAAGAACGAGCCCCAGAGCACGAGCGGCGCCGGGGGCCGGAACCGGGGCGUGGACCUGCACGAGCAGAGCCAGCAGAACAGGAGCCAGUGCUGUAGCAACUGAGCCAAGAUCCCACCUCCAUCCCCGUCCACGCCGCACCUCCACCCUGGCACCGAGAGCCCCGAACCAGGACCCUCCCAGAGCUCCUCUAACUGCACUUUUUAAUGCUUCGAAGCCACCACUCGGCACCCGAUCCCACCUGGCACCCGAUCCCACCACCCCACCCACCACCCCGGAGGCAGCGGAGCCAGAUCAGCUGGGACUUAACUUCUGAGAAACAACGAACUCUUCUUCACUUUGUAUUAUAGGUGCAAAUAGCGCCCAAACGCUCGGAUUCCUCCCUCCAUCUCCCCCUCUCCCCCUCCCUCUCUGCUUUGGGAAAUCUGGGUUCCCCAAACUGCCCCCUCCUGCCCCCACCCCGCUGUGGGGGGUCCCCGGGGGGCGGCAGCACCGACCUCGUCGCGCCGAACCGGCUGGAACCAGAGCCCUCCGGAGCCGACGGGGCUUUUCCACGGGGUCUGUCACGGAUUUCUUUGGAAUUUUUAUUAUUUUCUCCCCCCUCCCCUUUCCCGUUGGGCUGUCGGGGAGAGGGAAGCUGCAGUGUCCUUCAUUUCUUCCGAGGUGGCCUUUUUGAUGGAAGAUUGGAAGUGCCUGGGGACUUUUUUUGGGAAGGGGGGCAGUGGGUUCCUGCUGGACCCUGAGCACUGCAGGUGACCCCUCCCCAGCGCCCGCCCUCGCUCCACUGUGUUAUGGCUCUGUGGGCACGUCCCCACGGUCACCUGGCUGUGGCCACCCCACAGUGGUGUCCCCUCAGUGACCCCGCCUGUGGCCACCCCACAGUGGUGUCCCCACGGUCACCUGGCUGUGGCCACCCCACAGUGGUGUCCCCUCAGUGACCCCGCCUGUGGCCACCCCACAGUGGUGUCCCCACGGUCACCUGGCUGUGGCCACCCCACAGUGGUGUCCCCUUGGUGACCCCAGCUGUGGCCACCAUGUCCCCCUGGUGAUCCCGGCUGUGGUGGCCCCCCAGGUGCCCGCAGUGAUCCCACCCCACGGGUGACAUCCCCCCAGUGAUGCUGGUGGCCACCCCACAGGUGACGUGAUCCCAGCUGUGGCUGCCCCACAGGCGAUGUCCCCCUGCUCAUCCUGACCCGGUGCUCUUGGCCACGGCCACCCCACGGGCUGUCCCCUGCUCCCGGUGACCCCAACCCACAUCCACGUCCCCCUGGUGCUCCCACCGAUCCCCACGGUUUGUCCUGGUCCUGGUUUGCACUUUAUUGGUGAGAUGUCCUGUCGAGACUCACCUCGGUUCUGUUCGUGUGUCUGGGGGGGCCGGGGGGGCAGCGGUGCCACCACCCUCCCCUCGUCCCUCUGCUUUUCCCUACGGAACUUCUGGAGCUGGAGGGACCCUCGGUGGUGGGGUGGGACGGGCGAGGUCCCCCGUCCCAGCUGCUGCCACACAAGGGGACACCCCAAAAUGUGGACACCCCAAAUCAGGGACACCCCGAACUGGCAGCACCCACCUGGGCCUGGCUCCCUGCCGGCAGCGUGGGGGGCUCUGGGGACCCCUCGGGCCCGGGGGAACUGGGGGGGCCGUGGCUGUGGGGCAGAGGGACCAGUCUCAUAUGAAGCCCCCCAGCACGGGGGCAGAGCCCACAGGAUUUCAGCCCCCCGGGGACCCUCUGGCCGCCGUUCUGGUGCUCCCAGUGCUUCAUGUCACGGCCUGGGAGCCCCCCGAGCGGGUGACACGUAUUUAACAAGGGCUGGGGACCCCAGACCCCCUCCCCAUCUUCUGGCCCAAACCCUGGACCAAAUGAGGGACACUGCAACUUCUCUCACUCUUUUUUUUUUCCUCUUUUUUUCUGCUUUUUCUCUUAUUAUUGUUAUUAUUUUUGCUUUGGGAAAGCUCCUCCAUCGCAGUGAAAUAACAAUCGUGGUAACAGAACUCGGCCGCUAACUUACCGAUGUAUUUAAUGUAAGUAAAACCAAACCGAACAACAAAAA